CUCUGACAUGCUGCUGGCUUCACAGGCUGAUUACAAGCUGCUUUCUGUGAGGUCCUGAGUGGGCUGGAGGAAUGCAGCAGGAAAUCUGAAGCUGCCUGCAGACACCCAGCAGCUCCUGCCCCCCCCAGCAGAGCAACGGCGGCGCUGCUGGUGAGGACGGAAAACCCAACAACAGCAGCAGAAGGAGACCGUUCUGGAUUCAGCAUUGAGAACAUCCGUCUGUCCCAAACCCAAAUCCCCCACUGGGCCCCGACAAACGUCUGGAGCUGCUGACAGGCAUCGUGUCUCGACUUGGAUGAGUGUUUUGCCUGAAGGACAGAGCGGGGGCACCUUUCCUGUCAGGCUGGGGACAAACGUGCAUCUUCUGGAGAAGAAGAACAGACCUGAAGCUCAACAGAAGCUGCUAAACUUCCUCUGACCAUGUCAGGAUAAUCUACAGAAAACCUUUUGGAUCUUCAUCGCAGGCUUUUCUAGAAAAACAACAACUUCUCAGCUCUCUUGGACGACCAUGUGAACCGCAAGAACCAGACGCCUGAACGAAGCGCAGCUCUUCAGCAGGAAAUGCAUCCUUUGCCUCAAUAAAGGAACAGGACGAGUGUUUCUGAGGGAGACCCCUGGACCCCCCCCCCCCCCCCCCCCCCCCCCGCAGGACGUGAGCCUGUGACGGACAGCAAUGGCUUCAGCCGGUCAGACGCUGGCCUUGAUGUUGCUUGCAGUGCUUCUGCUCGGAUUAACCUGCUCGUGUCAUGGUUCCCUCGUGAAAGUCAACAAGGGUUUGAAGGUGAUGCGAGGUCAAACAGCUUACCUCAAGGAGGGGGACCUGCAGUUCCACAUUCCCACUGAGGAGAAUCCAUGCAAGGUGGAAGUAGUGCUGACUGAGCCCAUAACCCAAAGGGUGGGAAAACUCCUGCCUCAGGUCUUUGAUUGCCGUUUUCUGACCGAUGAGGUGAAGUAUGUCCACAAUGGCUGUCCAUUGUUACGGGAGGACACAGUCAAACUUCGUCUGUACAGGUUCACAGAGACGGAGACAUACAUGGAGGUUUUUUCUCUCCUUGUGGAGAUAACAGAUCCUGAGUGCAGCAUAAUAAAACUAGGGCCCAAAUCCCUGGAGGUCCCUGAGUUCUAUGGCCUCUCUGAUCCCCUCGAUGGGAAUGUGGUGUCCUUCCACUAUGAGAGCAGAUCUAACCUGGAGUGUAGCGUCCACAUCAGCAUCCAUGACAUCCCCCUGCCGGCCCACGGCCGACUCGUCACAGGAGAGCCAGAGAAAGCCACGACAAGAGGGGACGAGCCGGAGAGCUUCGUUCACCUCCGCCAGCAGCUGGAUAAUAAAGCUCGAGCCACUUGUAAAUCUGAAAGCUGUCUGAAGGGUCUGAAGCUGGUAAAGUUCACCAAAGUUUCCUGCCAUGACUUCCUGGAGAUGGGACUGAAGUAUCAGCACAUGGACCCCCCGUCUCCAGAUGUGGACUAUAUUGUAAUCAGACUGGACCUGAAGGACAUCAGGAGCGGCAGCAUCUAUAAGUCUGAGCAGGCAUGGAUCCCUGUGCGGGUUGUUGGUGCGAUGCCCAACCAGCCUCCCAAACCAUCGUUCACGUCCAUGUACAUCCUGGAAGUAGACCAGUUUAUCCUCACGCCGCUCUCCACAGCCACAGUGGACGCCGAAGAUGAGGAGACUCCUCAACAGCUUUUAGUCUUCAACGUCACCAAAGCCCCCGAGCAGGGCUUCCUCACCCAUCUGUCGGACCACACCCGUGCAGUUUCCUCCUUCACCUGGCUCGAUCUCAAUGACAUGCUAGUGGGGUAUCAGCCCCCCAAUGCCUCACAUGCUCAGCGUAGGAAUUACGAGGUAGAAGUUGAAGUCUAUGAUUUUUACUUUGAGAAAAGCCAGUCGAUGACCAUUCACGUCUCUGUGAGGAACGCAGACACAAACGCACCCAGAGUUUCCUGGAACAUGGGCCUGAGUCUGUUGGAGGGUCAGUCUCGUCCAAUAAUUUGGGAUCAGCUGCAGAUCGUGGACAACGACGAUCUGAACGCUGUUCGAAUCAUCACAGUGGACGGUUUGCAACACGGACGGCUGACUGUAAGAGGUGGAAAGAGCUUCGUGUUCUCUGUCAGUGACAUCAAAUCUGGAGUUGUUCACUAUCACCACGACGACAGCGACUCCAUUAAGGACUUCAUCAUCUUCCGCAUCACUGACGGCCAUCAUCAGACCCAACACAAGUUCCCCAUCAAGAUUCUCCCCAAAGACGACAGCCCCCCUUUCCUCAUCUCCAACAUGCUGCUGAAGGUCACUGAGGGCCAGACGGCCCUCGUCAGGGGGGCCACCCUCCAGGCUUCAGACAUGGACUCCAGUGACGACUACAUCCUCUUUAACAUCACCCACCUCCCUCAGGCAGGAGAGGUCAUGAAAAUGCCAGGAGCGGGGCAGGCAGGUUAUGCAGUCAGACACUUCCUCCAGAAGGACCUGUCUCAGUCCAUGAUUUACUACAGACACUUUGGGAACGAGGUGUUUGACGAUUCUUUUGAGGUGGUGCUGUCGGAUUUCCAUGACCCUCCCAACUUGUCAGAGCCUCAGGUGGUGAUGGUCCACAUCGAACCUGUUCCCGACCAGCCACCCAAGGAGGUUCCUGGAUCUAGUCGCUGUCUUGUGGUAAAAGAAUCCGACGUGGUCCGGAUCACACAACAGCACCUUCACUUUGCAGACCUGGAGUCCCCAGAGCGGGAGCUGACAUACACGGUCACUACUCCCCCGUUCUACACCGGCCCCCACAACAGUCCAGAUGCAGGGAGGUUGUUCCUGGUUGACAGCAUACCCAGGUUCACCAAAGAUCCCAACGCACCAGCCCUGAGGCUUUUCACUCAGCAUGCAGUGAACUUCAUGAAAGUCGCCUACAUGCCUCCAAUCACAGACAUUGGGCCUUAUCCUCAGCAUAUCCAGUUUAUUCUGUCCAUCACCAACCAUUUGGGUCAAACAGUUACGGGGAUCUGUUUCAACAUCACAGUGAUGCCAGUUGACAACCAGCCACCGCAGGUUAUCACGGGCCUGCUGACCAUAGAUGAGGGCGGACGGCGCCGGCUGGGCCCGGAGCACUUGCUGCUGUCAGAUGUGGACUCAGCUGAAGAACGGCUGCAGGUGCAGCUACAGGGGGAACCAGGACACGGAGUUUUGCAGCUCAACAACCGUCCACUCAUGUCCAACCAGACUUUCACCCUACAGGAACUGAAAAGCUUUCAAGUUAGUUACACCCACGAUGGCUCUGAAACUACAGAAGACACUAUUCCAUUUAUUGCAUCAGACGGCACCAAUUCAGUCACCUUUACUCUGCAAGUGAAGGUGACGCCCAUCAACGAUGAGAUCCCUGUGAUGGUCGCUGGCUUGAAACCAGUCCUUCAAUGUGCAGAAGGAGAGGAAAUAACCAUCACAGCAGAGUACAUUUAUGCCACUGAUCCUGACAGCAACAGCAGCAGCCUGGCAGUUUUGAUUGCUCGGCAGCCGAAUCACGGUGUGGUGCUGCGGAAUGGGGUGGUGGUCGAUCGCUUCAUCCAAGCAGACAUCACGGCAGGGAUCAUAUCAUACAGACACACGGGACUGGAGAUUGGGCUGACGCCACGUGACGACACCAUCACCUUUGUCAUUUCUGACGAGGAGACAGAGAGCUCUGCUUUCUGCUGCAGCGGCCUGAAUGCCAUCAAGAGCGGGACUCGGCUGAGGGACAGCCUGCCCCUCUAUGACCUCCAUGUCACAGUGUUUCCUGUUGACAACCAACCUCCUUCCUUGGCAACAGGGGCCAUUUUCAUGGUCGAUGAGGGUGGAGCUGGCUCUAUUUCUACUUUACAUUUAAAGGCCUCUGACUUGGACACGGUGGAAGACAAGCUGACGAUCAGUCUCAUUUCCCCUCCCCAGUUUGGGUACAUAGAAAAUGUCCUCCCCAGCCCUGGCUUUGAAAAAAGCAACACAGGCAUAAGUAUAGCAUCUUUUUCAUACAAAGAUGUCAUCGAGGGUCACAUCAAUUAUGUUCAGUCCAAACACCAGAGGACGGAGCCCACGGCUGACCAGUUCAUGCUCUUGGUGUCAGAUGGGACACGCAGCUCUGCCAACGUCCCCUUCCAUGUUAUAAUUAACCCGACAAACGACGAGAUCCCAGAAAUCGUGGCCUCCAACAUCACAGUACCAGAGGGAGGAAUGAAGCAGGUGGUGCUGCAUGCUACAGAUAUGGAUGUCCCCAAGAAUCUCCUGCUUUUUACGGUGGUUACACCACCUCAACAUGGCAGGAUCAUCUGUCAGAAGGAUGGAACGAUCAGCAAAAGACAUGAAGACAAUGCAUCCCCUGUUGUGGACUUUACUAUGGAAGAUCUCCAACACGGCAUGGACGUGAUGUACGCACACGAUGACUCCGAGGACGUGGAGGACAGCUUUUCCAUCCGGCUGACUGACGGCAAACACCAGGUAGACAGACGGCUGAGGGUUGAAGUGCUGCCAGUGAACGACCAAGUGCCUCGAAUCAUCAGGAACAAUGGGCUGGAGGUGGAGCCAGGAGAGGCCAGGGUCAUUUCCAGCGUGACGUUGUUGGCGCAGGACGGAGACACCCCCUCCUCUGAGGUCCAGUUCAUAUUGGAGAGCGUUCCCAAGCAGGGACUGCUUCAGCUCAAGGAAAAGGAGCGGUGGGAAACGCUGACCGCCGGCAGGAACUGCACCCAGGAGUCGGUGGACAUGAACCUCCUGCGCUACGUUCACAUCGGGCCCCACGCUGCCAAAACACAGGAUCUCUUUGUUUUCCACCUUGAAGAUGGGAAAAACCAGUCCCCCCCACAGCACUUCCACAUCUCUGUCAAAGAGCUGAAGAAAGGACACAUUGCCAUCUUUGUGAGGCCGGCGACCUUGAGCCGAGGCGAUCGCCUGGUCCUCACCACAGAUGUGCUGUUAGCCACCGACGACUCCGACAAGCCGGAGGAGCUUCUGUUCGUCAUCACAGAGCCGCCGGCUCACGGACACCUGGAGUACGUCACACAUCCUGGACGGAGCAUCUCCACCUUCAGCCAGAUGGACGUAGCAGCAAACCUGGUGGCCUACGUCCACGAUAACCGAGCCAGCAGGACGACGGAGACCUUCCAGUUUACGGUCAGCAACGGUAAAAGCAGCCAAAGUGGAAGCUUCCAGCUCCAGUUGGAAAUGGUGGACCGGGUCCUGCCGGCUCUGACCAACAACAGAGGCCUCAGAAUCCCUCGGGGUUCUGCCAUGAUCCUGGGCCCUGACAGCCUCUGCAUGUCCGACCCCGACACUCCGCCCGUCAACCUGACCUUUGUCCUCAAACAGCUUCCAAAGUACGGUCACCUUCUCCGGUCGGGUAAAGCCCUGGGCGCCGGCUCAAACUUCACCCAGGCCGACAUCAACCAGUUGGAGCUGGUCUACGCACACGAUGGGGGUCCGUCACAGAUCGACCGGUUGGCCUUCACGGCCUCGGACAGCACCGACAGAGGCUUCCUGCUGGACGGGCAGCUGCAGACAGAACCGGUUUUCUUCACAGUUCAGAUCACAUCUUUGGAUGAUUCCCCUCCUGAAGUUGUCAGGCUCCUCCCUCUGUGGAAGGCAGAAAUGUUGGCGGAUGGCCGACACGGGAUCUUUGUGUCGUCUCGGGAGCUGAAGGCUCAGGAUGUCGACAGCAGAGACGAGGAGGUGGUGUUUUCCAUCAUUCGUCAGCCCUACUUUGGUUACCUGGAAAACACCACUACAGGGGCGUUCGUGUCCCGGCGCUUCUCCCAAACAGAUCUGAAUAGAAGACGGAUCGUCUACAUCAUCAGUCCCAACGCCGAGUCUCUCUCAGACAGCCUGGAGUUCAGAGUGUCUGAUCUUCUGGGCAACAUGGGCCCCUCCCACAUACUGAAGUUCACGUGGUCCAGCGUAGAAUUUUCCCAGCCAGACUUUUCUGCCUGCGAGCAGCAGGGAACUUUGACCGUGGACAUCGUCCGAAGGGGGAACCUGGCAGAGUCGUCCUUCGUCAGCAUCACGGUUGGUGUGGCUUCCACGGUUCAUGAAGAAACAGCAGCAGCUGGAAAAGAUUUCCUCCCAAGCCCGUCAUCUCUCCUUCAGUUUGAUCCUGGCGUGGCGAGGCGGGCGUGGCUCAUGGAGAUCAUCCAGGACCACCUGGAGGAGGCUGAUGAGACCUUUGAGCUGCUGCUGGUCUCUCCUGAGGCCACCGUGAUUGGAAGAAUCCAAAAGGCUCAGAUCACCAUCAGAGACUCUGGGAAAGACGCCUGCCGCCUGAACCAGGAUUCUCCUCUUUUUGGAGGAGAAGAAGUCAAAUCAGACAAGUAUCCUGAGCACGGCUCCAUCCAGCUGGAGAAGCUUCCUCUGGGUUCAGAACCUGCGGUUUGGACCCGAGGAGACAGCAUCUCAAGGACGGAAACUCUUCUCCAGAAAAAGAGGCUCCGCGUUGUGGGCCGUCCCAAAUCUAUUGGCCCUUCUUCAGUGUUUCACAACGGGACGGAUGUCAUUUACACAUAUCAUGGGAUGGUGCAGAUGCAAGUGGAAGAUGAGAGCUCUCCAUCCCGGGGGGGCAGGAAGGCUCACGUUCAGGUGGUUAGCAGGGGGGGGCGGCAGAGGACGUCAGAUGUUCCGAAUGAGGAAAAGUCUGACUCAACACGACUCAUCCCCAAAGCAGGAAGCCCUUCAGAACAUGUGAGACGGGAAAGCUCUGUCCCCAAGCCGUGUGCGCCGGAGCUGGCGGGGCUCCUGCACUACAACCACACCGCCGCUCAGCUGUUUCAGUGCAGCGGCGUGUCCUGGAGGCCGUGGACGCCGACGCAUCAGACGUGCCCCAAGGGGUGGAGCUUCCACGGCGACCGCUGCUACCUUCUCAGUACCAAGCAGAAGGUCACAUGGAGCGCGGCGAACAGGGCGUGCAGAGAAAAAUAUCAGGGAACUCUGGCAAGUGUUCUCUCCAAAGCUGACAUGGACUUUCUGUGGAACUUCAGUGGCAGGAAACCGUUUUGGAUCGGUCUGAAUGACCUGGAGGGCAGAGGACGCUGGGAGUGGGUGGCUGGUGACCCGGUCAGCUUCACCAACUGGAAAAAGAUGCCCCCUCGGUCCAAAGGGAAGGCGAGUAAAAGGUGCGUCUUGGUCCAGAGAAGGGCAAAGUGGCAAAUUAGGGAGUGCAGGAGCGGCAGAGGACACCGCUUCGUUUGCUCAAUCACGCCCUGAGAAGAGCCAAAACUCAUCCCAAGGAUUAGACUGAACCUCUGUUUUAAUCUCUCUGAAACUCUGCUGUAAAUUCUUCACAUGCUGUUGUUUACCUCUGAAAGUCUUUUUAUUUAAGAGCAAGCAGCUGAUUUCAAUUCAGGCCCCUGAGGCUUGAUGGGUAAUGAAAACUCCUGGUUUCCUUUUCUGUUCCCAUGAAGACACUAAUGUGAAAUGUAUUAUUUGUAUUUAUCUCUGUCUUAUAAUGUAUAUAUUCCCAAAUUCAUUUGUUCUUAUUCAGUCUAUGAAUGUAUUCCAUCAUGUAGAGAUGACUUUCUGUUUGUUAUCUAAAGAGUAAAUAAUAAAACGUAUUUAUAACCUGACCUCAGCUGCUGGGAAUUGUGAAGAGACGUACUUUUUUCUUUGAACGGCAAAAACUAUUUGUAGUCAAAAACAGACUUUAGUUGAGCUGAAUUAAAUGUUUUUUAAUGA